GUGGCGAGAAAUGAUUCUUAGACUGUGAAAUAUUUACAUUUGUAAUUCGUCUUUCUUCUUCGCGCUUAGUCAGGAUGAAUAUACUGCAAUGUCUCUUUUAACAGCUUUAGAAGAGCAGGAAUUAUCUCCAGAUCGAGGAUGGACAAGUGCUAAUCAGUUCACCAGUUUCCAGUCUCAGUCCUCGGUCAGCAGAAUGACAAGCCCCAGCUCCGGGGCUGGCAGUGGCAGUUGGGGGGAGUCCCAAAGACUUGAGGGUCUGUUGCCGCAGCCCAUGGAGGAUAUGAAGACAGAAGCAGCUGAUGGGCCAGAAGAAGUGAUGCUAGUUGAUCCAACAAGCCAGAAUCAGGCAGUGAACUUACUGGAACAGCUUGGAACUACUGAAAAUACCAUCCAGCUUCAGUUAGGGGAAGAAAUCUACUCGAUCCCUAGCUCCUCAAGCAGUCAGUACCUUGUACCCUCUGACUUCACCCCCAGCCCUACCCAGCCAGCUGCAUACCAAACUGAGACGCCCAUGGACUAUAUCCCAUCACCACAGGAACAGUCAGGGAACUUUCUCCAUGCUGCCACAAGUCCGAAUGUCCAGUAUUCUUUACAGCAAAGUUCUGCUCCAUCGACUACCAUUCAGCAUGCCUUCACUCCAUCACUUCAGCAGUCCCCCCGUUCAGCAGGUGACUGUUCAGCGUGAUCAGCAGUCAAUCCAGCAAUCACACAUUAAGCAGACGUCACUUAAUGCUCAGCAUUUGCAGCAGACGUCAGUCCAGCUCUCCCCGACAGCACAUGCUCAGCAACAGGCUUCUACCACACAGUAUCAACACAAUCAGUUCACCCAUCAGCAGUACCCCUCCAGCGAGAACAGCUUCUCAGGUUCCCCUGUUCCAUCAAGCUUCAGCAAUUUUACCCCCUCAAAUAUCUCAGACCAAACAUCUUCUUUGAGUCCAGAAAUCUACAGCUCAUCUAGUCAAGCGUCUUCAGAAAGCUUCAUUAACCGGAUAGCAACUCCACCAAAGACAAAAUAUUCCAAAAACACAGUUCAGAGUUCAGGAAUGUCCAUGAUACGAGAAUAUGAAUCUGCCUCUCCUCAUUUUGGUGAGAAUGUGGGUGAGGUGGCACUGACAAUGUCUAGUGAAGAGGCUAGAUCUAGCCCUGUGAUUGGAACUCCUAAUCAGGUAUACAGGGGCAGUCCCUAUCCUCAGCAGUCACCUCAAGAUGUCCGGUACAAUGUGUCCGCCCCCUCAAAUUUUGAUCAACGCGAUAUAGGUCAGAAUUACGGACAACAGCAUUCUCCGAACUUGAUGAACACGCAUCAGCAGCAGGACAUGACCAGUGGAUCCCCACAGCAGCAUAUUAUGAACACAUCACAGCAUCAGCUGUUGAAUACCUCACAGCAUCAACAAGGCCUGAAUGCAUCACAGAUGUUCAAUUCAGUGAAUCAUCAGCAUCAGACGUUGAACAGUUCACAGCAACAAAUGAAGACGGCGACGCACCAACAGCAGGAUCUGUCCAGUGCAUCUCUGCAGCAUCAGGGAUUGAUGAACCAGACACAGCGGGGUUUGAACAUCGCCCAUCAGAUUGAGAGCUCUGAUGGACAACAGACAUUCUCAAAUGAUGCGCAACAAACUUUGUCUGUCAGGGGACAGAAUUUUCAGAAAGGAUAUGUUUACCUUGUCAAAAAGUCCAAUGGCACUGGAGGUUUCCUAGCUAAGUACACAGCAAAUGGGCUGGAACCAAUGAAGGAAACAGUCAACUUUCAGGGCAAAUUAAAUGCAAGUGGUGGCAACAUUAUUGGAGGGGGUAGGGGGAGCACAUCUAGGGGGCGUGGUCGGGGUCAGGGCAGGGGAAGAGGUCAAGGUCAAAUGCAGGGGCGGCCUCUCAAGGGCAAUGCUACAGGGCUACACAUGUCUGCUGCUGAUGGCAACUCCAUGACUGUGAUGAAAGGACGCUCCUUGCUUGGCAAUGUGGCCAGUGCCAGCAUGCUUGGAGAAAGUAUUCCCAGAACAACGCCCAGAACAUCCUGCCCAAUGGAAGGAUCUGGCGCCACACUAGUCUGGAUACAUCACAGCUUGCACGCCCACCUCUCCAUCCCGAGAUGCAGUUGACUCCCGGCAGCCACAGCAAUGCAGACAUGGCAGGGGAGCCCCAAGAUCUACCACUGGUCCAGCAUGGCGAUCUUCCAAAGACGGAACCCAAAAUCCUGACAGACGACCAGCUGAUGAUGCGUCCUCAGGACCCACCAAAGCCAAAGAAGCAAUCAGGG